CCCCAACCGUUCCCCAGGAUGUUUUGAUCAUGUCAAACUCCUCAACCCAUCUGAUUGUCCGCUGGAAGCCUCCAACGCAACGCAAUGGAAAUCUCAGCUACUACUUGGUUCUCUGGCAGCAGUUGGCAGAAGAUGAGGCUCUAUACCAUAAUGACUACUGCACCAAAGGUCUGAAGCUUCCAACUAGCAGUGCUGAUACCAGGUUUGACAGUGAUGAUAAUGACAUGGAUUCGGAGGAUAAGUGUUGCCCAUGUCAAAAAAAUGGCGACCAGCUAUUGGACCUGGAUGAGGAAUUCUUUCAGAAAAAGUUUGAGAACUUUUUAAGGAACACCAUUUUCAUUCCCAGGCCUCCUUGGAAGGUGACUUUAAUCAACAAGAAUAAACAAAGGUCUCCAAAAAAGCGAAGAGAUGUAGUGGGUUUGACCGGAGAUGGUCUUGGAAACGCUUCAUUCUCGGAAGCAACCAUCAGUCAUACCAUCAACAACACUGGCGCAGAUUUCAAGCCUUACACCUAUAAGGAUAAGAUCUUUCGUGAAAGAAUGGUCAUACCUAACCUCAGACAUUUCACAGAGUAUCGGAUUGACAUCCACGCCUGCAACCACGCAGCAGACACGGUUGGGUGUAGCGCUGCAACUUUUGUAUUUGCUAGAACAAUGUCAGACCCUCAUGCUGACAACAUUGCUGGUAAUAUAUCGUGGCAUUCUGCUGGCCACAAUACCAUCUUUAUGAAGUGGGAGGAGCCACCCAAUCCCAAUGCAUUAAUCCUGAAAUAUGAGAUCAAGUACAAAAGGGAAAAUGAAGAAGGUCCAUCAACUGUCAUAUGCGUUUCCCGCCAGAAGUUCAAAAAGUACAAGGGGGUGUACAUCAAUGUGGCGCAACCUGGCAACUAUUCUGCUCAGAUAAGAGUGACGUCCUUGGCGGGCAAUGGGUCGUGGACAGAACGGAUUGUGUUCUCUGUACGACUUGCAGAUGAUUUUAUUUCCACAGAAAAAGAGGCCUCGGAGACUUUAUAUCUGCUGCUCAAAAUCAUGCCCAUCAUCCUCCUGCUGAUCAUAGCCUGCAUGGCUGCCAUUAUCUUCUUCUACAAUAAGAAGGGAAAGCAUGACGGCUACCCAAAUGGGACCUUGUAUGCAUCCGUCAAUCCAGAGUAUUUUAGUGCAUCAGACGUGUACAUUCCGGAUGAGUGGGAAUUCCCAAGAGAGAAAAUCAGCAUCAUCAAAGAGCUUGGACAAGGAUCUUUUGGCAUGGUAUAUGAGGCUGUCGCCAAGGAUAUUAUAAAGGGAGAUCCCAUGACCAGGGUUGCCCUGAAGACCAUCAAUGAGCUGGCCAGCGUGAGGGAGAAGAUCGAGUUUUUGAAUGAAGCUUCUGUUAUGAAAGGCUUUCUUUGUCACCAUGUGGUCCGUCUUCUUGGCGUUGUGUCUCAAGGGCGACCAGCUCUUGUCAUUAUGGAGUUGAUGACCAGAGGGGACCUGAAAAGCUAUCUGCGUUCUAUGAGGCCAGAGGAGGAGAACAAUCAAAACCUGAUUCCACCAUCCUUGAUGGAGAUUUUACAGAUGGCUGGUGAAAUCGCCGAUGGAAUGGCCUAUCUGAACGCCAAGAAAUUUGUACAUCGGGAUUUGGCGGCGCGGAACUGCAUGGUGGCCGAGGACCUUACAGUGAAGAUAGGCGACUUUGGCAUGACGAGAAAUAUCUAUGAAACCGACUACUACCGCAAAGGUGGCAAGUCCUUGCUUCCAGUACGAUGGAUGUCUCCCGAGUCUCUAAAAGAUGGUAUCUUCACUCCACACUCCGAUGUAUGGUCAUUUGGUGUGGUCCUGUGGGAAAUUGCCACUUUAGCAGAGCAGCCAUAUCAAGGCAUGGCCAACGAGCAAGUCCUCCACUUUGUUAUUGACAACGGAAUUCUAGAAAGGCCAGAAAAUUGUCCUGAUAGACUACACAAGUUGAUGCGAUGGUGUUGGCAGAAGAAUCCCAAAAACCGUCCAACCUUUCUUCAGAUCCUGGAGAGUGUUAAAGAUGAUCUGAAGCCCUCUUUCCAGGAGAUAUCCUUCUACUACACCAGCCACCAUAAACAUCGGGAUUCUACGGAGGUCUCCGACACAGAAGCUGACCAGUGUCUGAAGACCCUUUUGGAAACCCCACCUUCCCCUUCCUUUAACAACUUUUCAUCUUUACACAGUGCCCAGAAGGACAACGCUUUGUGUGUCUUAAAUACAAAAAGGGAUUCUAGCUCGAAAAAUGUUUACCACAUAAAUGGGAAUGCGAAGCACUGAGCAUGAGCUGUCUGGAAGAAACCAAGGGGGGGUGUCAAGCCUUCACAAAAGCAAAGAAGCUUUGUACCAUCAAGGCCUUCAUCACAUACAGUACAUACUUUCAGCAAAUAAAUGCAAACUAAUCAUAUCAAAAACAUUCAUGAUUUUAACUGCAAAGUGGGGAAAAAAGUCCUUCUGACGUUCGAAAGACUGCUGCUAAGCGGACUUUGUAUUUUUUGGUCACUCGUGCGAUGGUUUAAUUUUGUUUUUAUCAGGCGGACAUUGUUAUAUAAAAUGUUGUUGUAUGUGGAUUUUCUCCCAGAGCUGGAGGGAAGGCAGAAAAUUUGUCAUGUUUAUAUAGCUUGAAUUUGCCAUAAUUCUAUGCUGGUAAAUCAAGUGGUGCAUGUUCUCAAGAUGAGCUGGACGGAGACAAAAAUUUGGCCCUGGACUUCAUCCAGACCGGCCCACUUUAAAUUUGCAAAAACGGUGUAUAAACUAAACGCAACUGCGCAAAAAAAAACCAUAAGGAGUCCUCACUCACCUCUUUUAUUAUUUCACUUAUUCUCCUCCUGUAUUUUUCUUAUCCUUCCCACAUUACUGCAU